AUGAGUUCCUGCAACUUCACACAUACCACCUUUGUGCUUAUUGGUAUCCCAGGACUAGAAGACGCCCAUUUCUGGAUGGGGUUCCCCCUGCUUUCAAUGUAUGCCGUGGCGGUGUUUGGAAACUGCAUCGUAGUCUUCAUCAUAAGGACCGAGAGAAGCUUGCACGCGCCCAUGUAUCUCUUUCUCUGCAUGCUGGCAGCCAUCGACCUGGCCUUAUCCACAUCCACCAUGCCCAAGAUCCUCGCCCUCUUCUGGUUCAACUCGCGCGAGAUUACCUUCAAUGCCUGCCUUACUCAGAUGUUCUUUAUUCAUGCUCUCUCAGCCAUCGAGUCAACCAUCCUGCUGGCCAUGGCAUUUGACCGCUAUGUGGCUAUCUGCCACCCACUGCGCCAUGCCUCGGUGCUCAACAACACGGUCACUGCCCAGAUUGGCUUGGUGGCUGUGGUCCGCGGAUCCCUCUUCUUUUUCCCACUGCCUCUGCUCAUCAAGAGACUGGCCUUCUGCCAUUCCAAUGUGCUCUCACACUCCUAUUGUGUGCACCAGGACAUGAUGAAGCUGGCUCACACAGACACUUUGCCUAAUGUGGUCUAUGGCCUUACAGCCAUCCUGCUGGUCAUGGGUGUGGAUGUCAUGUUCAUCUCAUUGUCCUAUUUCCUGAUUAUACGGACAGUUCUACAACUGCCUUCCAAGACAGAGCGGGCCAAGGCGUUUGGGACGUGUGUGUCACACAUCGUUGUGGUACUGGCCUUCUACGUGCCACUCAUUGGACUCUCCGUGGUACACCGUUUUGGAAAUGGCGUGGAUCCCAUUGUGCAUGUUCUCAUGGGUGAUGUCUACUUGCUGCUGCCUCCUGUGAUCAAUCCCAUCAUCUAUGGUGCCAAGACGAAAGAGAUCAGAACCCGGGUACUUGCCAUGUUCAGGAUGAGCUGUGACAAGAACCUUCAGGCUGUGGGAGACAGGUGACCGUUCCCACUCAACUUCCCUUUAUCUAUAAUGGUUUGCUAGAACUGGCUCCAAACACUAACUUAGGUCUCUGGGUUGCUCUCUAGCUUCCCUGUUUGGGGUACCGAGUGUUUUUUGAAGCUAGCAUGGUUUCCUCUUAUACGUCAAAAAGUUGUUGAUAUCCUGCUUCUAUAAAACAAUUUAAAUUAGCAAAUUCAUCAGUCCCCCAAUAAAUAAUAAAAUGAACAUAAGAAGGACUGUCACAAAAGGUAAUUGACUUUAAAAUAUAGAAAAAACCAUUUACUAUCAUGAGUAAUCCAAGAAAUAUUCAGACAAUAAUUAGAUUACAUUUUUGCCAUUCAAUUUAGCCAUUUUUAUUCAUGAAACUAAUAAAACUUCACAAUAAAAGUGAAGGUGAGUUGAAACAGAUAUUUUUUAAAACUGCAGAGGAUGGUUAAAUUGAUACCAAAUCUUUGAAAAAAAACGUGGCAGUAUGUAACAAGAACUUUUAAAAAAUUUAUAUUCUUUAAUGCUGUAAUCUCACAUUUGAAAAUGUAUCCAAACAAAAUGCCCUUAAAUGCAUGAAACAAACUGUUCAGAAAAGAUAGCAAGUACACUGUUAUUUGGAGCAAUUACAUAUAACAGAUCAUAGAGUGAAAUACGUAAAAAGACAGCAAAGCACCACGUGACCCAUCCACUUGCGGAAAUAGUCCCUGGCCUUUAAAAACUGCUGUAAAAUGACAUAGGCUACGUGUUAAGGGAUAGGGUAAUGGUAAAGCAACCUGGUAAACAUAGUCCCGGAAUUGAAUACAGGAAGAAAGUUGGAACGGCAACUGAUUUGUUACAUCUGCAUCUCUCAUAAUAAAAAUAUAAUAAAACAUACUUGUGAUGUUAGUAAAAGCAUUAAGGACAUAUGAUUGAUACUAACAUGAAAAUCAACCUAUGCAUUGAAGGAAAUGUGCUCAAAUUACAAGCAAUUUAUAUCUGCCUCCACUUUCCAUAGCUAUUAUAGUCUAGUUUGCAUGUUUUGUACAUUUUACGUGAGGAAAAUGAAACUGGUACUUUAUAGAAAUCAAUGUUUGCCACAUUUCUCACUAUUAGUAUAUUAUGCAUUACAUGGGUAUUUAUCAAAGCUUCUAAAGAUAAUUCUAAUGAACAUUUGUAAGGGCUUCCACUGCCCCAAGCACUAGGAGUUCUUUAAAAGUUCUAGCUAAUGUUCACAACAAUUGUAUAAGGUAGCUAUCACUUUUGUCCCCCGUUACUAGAAAGAGAAAUGAGACCUAUAUUAGCAAGAUGACAGUUUGUAGUCCUACAGCCUUGAAAUUAAAUUUAAUAACCCAAGAUGUAUUGUCGCAGCCAGUGCGAAUCCUGUUUUCUCUCUGCUGUGUAGUAAGAUGGAUGUGUUUGUAUUUGUCCUGAAAGAUAACCCUGUUCUAGUUGUGAGCAAUAAAUACAAAUCAUUCUCCAUGUUUUAUAGUCACCUUUCAUGGUUUUAAAACCUGCUUCUUUUCAGAUUAAGGGAAAAUAUGUUUGGUCCAUUUAUCUCAUACCACUCUUUAAUCAUAUGUUCCUUUUUCUCAUGGUAUCCUGUAUGUUUCCAACAUUUUAAAUGUACAUCAUUUGG